CCCUGACCUGCAGCCCUUCCAUCCAAGCUGGCUCCUGGAAACUGAGGGGACACAGCUGAGCAUCCCAUUAUUUCUACCCCAGCAACUCAGCUGUGGAGGGACAGAUCCCAGGGCAGAGUCCAGGGCAGCUCAAGGCUCCUCCGCACACGCCUGCUGAACCCUGAGCGCCCUGAGCUGCCAGCAUGGGGCGGGCCGAGGCCGCCGCCAUGAUCCGGGGCCUGGCCCUGCUCUGGGCAGUGGGGCUGGGGGGUGCCACCCCCAGCCCCCCUCGCCUUCGGCUCUCCUUUCAAGAACUCCAGGCCUGGCAUGGUCUCCGGACCUUCAGACUGGAACGGACCUGCUGCUAUGAAGCCCUGUUGGUGGAUGAGGAGCGUGGACGCCUGUUUGUAGGUGCUGAGAACCAUGUGGCCUCACUAAGCCUGGAUAACAUCAGCAAGCGGCCCAAGAAGAUGGCCUGGCCAGCCCCUGUGGAAUGGCGAGAGGAGUGCAAUUGGGCAGGGAAGGACAUUGGCACUGAGUGUAUGAACUUCGUGAAGUUGCUGCAUGCCUAUAACCACACCCACUUGCUGGCCUGUGGCACAGGGGCCUUCCAUCCAACCUGUGCAUUUGUGGAGGUGGGCCACCGGCUGGAGGAGCCCAUGCUCCGGCUGGACCCACGCAGGCUUGAGGAUGGCAAGGGGAAGAGUCCUUAUGACCCCAGGCAUCGGGCUGCCUCCGUGCUGGUGGGGGAAGAGCUGUAUUCAGGGGUGGCAGCAGACCUCAUGGGCCGGGACUUUACCAUCUUUCGCAGCCUGGGCCAGCGUCCGAGUCUCCGAACGGAGCCGCAUGAUUCCCGCUGGCUCAAUGAACCCAAGUUUGUCAAGGUCUUUUGGAUCCCAGAGAGUGAGAACCCAGACGAUGACAAAAUCUACUUCUUCUUCCGUGAGUUGGCUGUGGAAGCUGCACCAGCAAUGGGACGCUUGACUGUGUCUCGAGUUGGCCAAAUUUGCCGGAACGAUGUGGGCGGCCAACGAAGCUUGGUCAACAAGUGGACGACAUUCCUGAAGGCCCGACUAGUGUGCUCAGUACCAGGAGUGGAGGGUGACACCCACUUCGACCAGCUUCAGGAUGUGUUCCUGCUGUCCCCACGGGACCGGCGGUCCCCACUGCUGUAUGCUGUCUUCUCCACUUCUAGUGGCAUUUUCCAGGGCUCUGCUGUGUGCGUGUACAGCAUGAACGACGUGCGCCGGGCCUUCCUGGGACCCUUUGCACACAAGGAGGGGCCCACACAUCAGUGGGUGUCCUACCAGGGUCGUGUCCCCUACCCCCGACCAGGCAUGUGCCCCAGCAAGACCUUUGGUACCUUCAGUUCCACCAAGGACUUCCCUGAUGACGUCAUCCAGUUUGCCCGGAACCACCCUCUGAUGUACAACUCAGUCCUGCCCAUAGGGGGACGCCCUCUCUUCUUACAAGUGGGUGCUGGGUACACAUUCACCCAAAUCGCUGCAGACCGUGUAGCAGCUGCUGACGGACACUAUGACGUCCUCUUCAUUGGCACAGAUGUAGGCACAGUGCUGAAGGUGAUCUCAGUCCCCAAGGGCAGCUGGCCAAGCUCUGAGGGGCUGCUCUUGGAGGAGCUGCACGUGUUUGAGGACUCAGCUGCAGUCACCAGCAUGCAAAUCUCCUCCAAAAGGCAUCAGCUGUAUGUAGCCUCACGGAGUGCAGUGGCCCAGAUCUCCUUGCACCGCUGUUCGGCCCAUGGACGAGCCUGCGCUGAAUGCUGUCUUUCCCGUGACCCCUACUGUGCCUGGGACGGGGUCGCAUGCACACGCUUCCAGCCUACUGCCAAGAGGCGGUUCCGGAGGCAGGACAUAAGGAAUGGCGACCCUAGAACGCUGUGCUCUGGGGACUCAUCCAGUCCCACGCUGCUGGAGAGGAAGGUCUUCGGUGUGGAGGGUGGCAGUGCCUUUCUGGAGUGUGAGCCCCGCUCACUGCAGGCGCACGUGGAAUGGACCUUCCAGCGCGCAGGGGAUGUGGCGCAUACCCAAGUGCUGGCACAAGAGCGAGCCGAGCUCACUGCGCGAGGGCUGCUGUUGCGCAGGCUGCGACGCCAGGACUCAGGCGUGUACCUGUGUGCCGCCGUUGAGCAAGGUUUUUCGCAGCCGCUGCGUCGCCUGGCACUGCAAGUGCUGAGUGCUGUGCAGGCGGAACGACUGGCAAGGGCAGAGGAGGCCGCACCCCCUGGGCCUCCCAGCCCUAAACUCUGGUACCGGGACUUUCUGCAGUUGGUGGAGCCAGGCGGCGGUGGCGGUGUGAACUCUCUGCGCAUGUGCCGGCCACAGUCCCCUCCCAGCCCUGCUGCCUCAGAGUCACGCAGGAAAGGCCGCAGCAGGCGGAUGCACUCUGAGCCGCGAGCUGAGCGGGGCCCGCGCAGCGCUGUGCAUUGGUGACUGGGCUGUCCACACCCCGGGGACCAGAUAGGAGAUGACACAUGGAAGAGGAGGCAGCCAGAUCCCAGGAAGACAGAUGGGUUUUGGUCGGGCACCUUGGGGUCCCUAGGUGGGUGAAGACACCAACCACAGGCCCUGGCGGAAGGGCAACCGCACCGGCUUAUUUAUUAACAGGAUAACCCUUGAAUGUAACCCUGAAAGGGCAGCCCAGGCCCAGGUCGGGUGUAGGAUCUAGCCUAGACGGCUGGGACAGAGAAAUGGGGCUGCACAGCGACCCCCUGGGCCAGGGAGCUGUUCUGGAGCCCACUCUGGGAGAAGGAUUCUCCUCCUUAAGCAGUGAGCGGAAA